UGUCAAUGUAUGCGAAUGGCCCGACCGAACUGAUGAACGAACCAGCGAGCAAGCAAGCGACAGUCCCCUCCUCCUUGCCCCCAUCCCCACAAUUCGGUUGCCCGAGAGUACGCUACCUUUCCUUCGGCGCCUUCCCUCGCCUUCCAGGAAUUCCGUCGUGGUUUAGGAUUCGGAGCCAGUCUGACAUGCUUCGCCAUCUACACGAUGAUCUACUUCGAAGAGUACAUGGCCACAGCCACCGCUCUGAAGUACGCCGCCUGGUCAGUCUCAGGCCUAGUGGGUCCGUCGAUCGUCUCUUUACUCGCUAACUACUACGGGCUUCGCGGAACUCUCCUCAUAGUUGGAGCUAUCAUGUUGAACGGCCUACCCCUGAUCAUAUUGCUCAAACAGCCUCGGCCCCUGAAGCUCUGCUGCUUGCCCAGUAACUCCAAGCCAAAACCAAGCUUAUCAUUGGCCUCUAAGGAGCACGUUUCCACGGUAGAGGGACAAAAUUCAGAGCAGCUCUCGUCACCGAUACCUAAAGCAGCGGUUUCUGCGCUGCCACAGGGCAUCGAGAGGCUCGGUUUGACAGCGAAAGGCGUGGCGGCGUUAUUCCACACGCCGGAAUUCUUUGUCUUUCUUGCCGUGUACGCGGUGUUUGACUGGACUGGCUCGCUUCACGCUACCACUUCGGUGGACUACGGACGUGACAAGGGAGCCUCGCUGGAGACAGCCAAGUAUGUGCUUACUUGCAACGCCUUCGGUCAGAUCGUAGGCAGAAUUGUGCUGAGCUUCACCUCGGACAGAAUACCGUUCAGCCACUGCCCUCUGGCAGCCGCCUGCCUCUUAGCGUCUUGUCUGUCGUUCGUCGCUUGUUCGCUUGUCUCGUCAUUCACCUCAUUCAUGGCUCUCAACGGGCUGCUGGGCGUUAGCCAGGGCUACGUGACGUGCAUAAGGAGCGUACUGAUCAGUCAGUACCUAGGCAUCCAACGACUGCCAGCGUUCUUCGGAUUCCUGGGCAUCUCCCUCAUUCCAAUAGCGCUCGCUGGUGCAACUAUCCUGGGAUUUUUCAGGGACACGCUGGGCUCGUACGACAACAUUUACCUAGUCUUCGGUGCAGCAAACCUCUUGGCGGCUGUUCUGCUCUUUGUUCUGGCCAGUCGAGACAGCUGUCGCCGAAGCACAUGGCGCCUGAAACCAAAACCUGCUCCGCCACCGAACCAUACUCCAAAAGAACCCGUAGCCUUACGCUGAGCAGAAGGCAAAUUACGAAGCGACACCAGGGGACAAGAAAUAUGCUGGAACGCCAACCUUCGAUGCAGCGCCGCAACAUUGUAGUGUAAAAUUUAAUUCUGGGGAAUUAUUGCAUGCCGAAGCCACGAUGUUGUUAUGAGGCACGCCAUAGUGGGGAACAUUUUUUGGCGCCCUUGAGUGCACCUGAAUCUAUGUGCACGAGCGUCUUAGCAUUUCAAACCUGUGAUCGCGACCUCAGCAACACGACUUCGUAUAGUCACUGAGCUGCCGCGGCGGUUCAGCUAUGUAGCGUAUAGCUAAGACGUAGCUUCGUGCGAAUACGCGCAGUGAGCCCCAACGGAAAGUCCGGAAAAACUGUAUUUGUUAAACAUCAUUGAAGGUAUAUACAGCCGAGCGCAAAAGUUCGGGGACCAGAGGUGGCGCUAACAUUUUUUUUUUCUUCGCCUCCUAGAAAUAAAAGGUGAAAUCAAGUGGUA